CGGAUCAGCAGGUGCUGGUUUAACUGGGUGGUAGUCACGCUUUCAUCCACGCAGCCAUCUGACGGACAGCGCUUGACGUUAUCGGACUCUUACUUCCAGGAUGCGCUGACAUAUGUGACAUGCACGCAACGAUCUGCAAUUACAGAUAAACUCCAGCCGGUGUCUCCGCUCCUCUCGCAGCCAUGGCUUUCUCUGUAUCUGGAGGGACCUUGUUCACCAUCCUCCUAAUUAGCAGGUUGUUAGAGAGUUCUUUGCUCAACGCAGAAGUGAAGGAAGGAGAGAUUCUGCCUCCUACCAUUCAGAGACUGAUGAAAGGAUACAACAAGUACCUCAGGCCGUUCUUUGACAAUGGUCCUGUCACAGUGGGGAUGAGCCUGGAUAUAGCCAGCAUUGACACCAUCUCAGAGAUCAACAUGGACUACACGGCCACCAUAUUUCUCCGUCAGCGAUGGACUGAUGAGCGUUUGGUGUUCGAGGGCAACAAGAGCCUGAGCCUGGACGGGCGAUUGGUGGAGCUGCUCUGGGUCCCUGACACCUUCAUCGUGGACUCAAAGAAAUCCUUCCUCCAUGACAUCACGGUGGAGAACAGGCUGAUUCGAAUCUUCCCCAACGGGACUGUCCUGUACGCACUGAGGAUCACCACCACUGUGGCCUGCAACAUGGACUUGACCAAAUACCCCAUGGACAAGCAGACCUGCACGCUCCAACUGGAGAGCUGGGGUUACAACAUCAAUGAUGUGAUGUUUUACUGGACCCGAGGAAACGAGUCUGUGAGUGGUUUAGACACUCUGCAGCUGGCUCAGUACACGGUGGAGGACCACUACACAUCUGUCUCUGAGGCUGUCUAUGAAACUGGUAAUUAUCCAAAGCUGGUUUUCCACUUUGAGCUGAAGAGGAGCAUCCUGUACUUCAUCCUGGAGACUUACGUCCCCUCCAGCCUGCUUGUAGUCCUCUCCUGGGUUUCCUUCUGGAUCUCCCUGUCUUCUGUUCCAGCUCGUAUUUGUAUAGGAGUGACCACAGUCCUGACCAUGACCACCCUGAUGAUGGGAGCCCGGACAUCCCUGCCCAACGCUAACUGCUUCAUUAAAGCCAUAGAUGUUUACCUGGGAAUAUGCUUCAGCUUCAUCUUUGGAGCUCUCAUUGAGUACGCCGUGGCUCACUUCUGCACCCUGACUCACGCUGAUGCACACAUGUACAUGUACGGCCACCACAUUCACGACUUCGAUGACGAGAUGAACGGCAUCGUCACCACCAUCUCCACUCACUCCAGAGCAAAGAGACGCAAGGAGCCCACCGUGGCUCCUGCUCCAGCCCCAGCUUCUCUAGAACUCACUGUCAGCCCGUCCAGCCCCUCGGGCAGCGAGCCGAAGCCUGAGGCGUCGCCCCCAGAGCCCACCAACUGGUGCAUUACUGUCCUGGCCACCGUCCGCAAAGUGCUGCGCUUCAUAUCGUGUUGUCAUGUGGAGAACCCUCACCACAUAGACAACUACUCCAGAGUCACCUUCCCCCUCUCUUUCGUCAUAGUUAACCUGCUCUACUGGACAUAUUAUCUGUACUUCUAGCACUCGCUCAGAGCGGCAUGUGUCACAGGGAGUCUGGGACACAUACUAUGUAGAGGAGAACUGUAUUUUACCGUAUGUAUGUACAGUUAGUGUUAUUUAUGUAUGUUUGAGAGAAGUGUGUUGGAUUUUUCUGUUUAGAUUCAUGAGCAAAGCAGAAAACUGAUAUCAGGUUGUUUAAAGAGGGAAAAUAUGUACCAUUACAGCUCCAUCUUUUAAUAUUAUUGACAGUUUAAAGUGAGUAAAUGCUUUAUGAUGGUUUUCACUAAAAAUCUAAUAAUGCCUAAGAUUUAAGUCAAUACUGGUACACCUUUUGAUGAUAAAAUUAUGCUUAGGAGCAAAAGCAGUUGGAUUGUCUGCAUAUUUUAGACUUGCUGAAAAUGAUGGAGCUGUAAUUUAAGGCUUCAAGAAGCCAGCAUUGCUGAGGGAUUCCUUUGAUUCUCUGCCCUGAUGGACUGGAAGAUGAUACUUAACUUCCUUUUCCAUUUCUGCCUGCAGGAACGACAUUUAGAGGCAAAUAUGGAAAUAAUAGAUUUCAGAAGAGGGAUUUUAACUCGAGACGAGAGAACUGGAAAUAUAUUUCACUUGGUUCAGAGAGUUUCAAACAUCACGCCAGUCUCCUGAGGAGGAUAUUUUUAAUUUCUCUCACUUUUAUGUGUCCUUUAUGAGGUUUUUAUUCACUGAGCAGUGCUGUUCCUCUUUGCCUAUACUCUCUCUUUUCAUUGAAGUUAUAAAUGUAGUGGCCUUUGAUCCCUUUGGUUGUUUUCUUUGAAAAUCCAGCCAAAAUGAACAGUGUUAUGAAUCCUAUUCACACAAGAAUAUGUGCAGCAGUUCCAUAAGAUGGCAGAUUGAGAAACACUGCUCUGUCUUUAAAUGUUCAUGCCAUUAUGAGAUGUUAUUAACAUGCUACUUACAGGGCUAGUUAGAAUACAUUUCUUGGAUAGCAUUCUUGGUAUCAAAUUGAGAAGGUUGUGUUAGCAUGCAUGUACAUCUUUAGUAAAGGAAUUCCUGAAAUUCAGAUUCAAGAUUUGUUUUAUGUUUAGGUGUUUCAUCACGACUCGGUUAAAACUAAGUAAACAGCUUACUGCAACUGUCUGGGAUGCCUGUAGCAAUACCGGACGGGGGAGAGGAGAGGCUCCGCCUACUAUCCCAAAUAAGGCACUAUAGACAGAGCACUAACCUGACACGCCAGAUAGACUGAGAUAUUCAAUUCAUAAAUAUAUUUCACAUGAAUCUGGGAAAGCUCCCGUAGAAAGCAUUUCAAAAGGGCAGGAUUCAUAAUAGGCUAAACAGAGCAACAAGACAAAAUUGCAGUCUGUGCAUGCACGCUUCUUGAGCUGACAGGCUACCACUGCUGCAGGUUGUUAACGGCGGAGCCUCUUAGUGAAUAAAUUGAGGCCAAAGCUGGUUUGGAGACGGGAUUAACAUCUUCUCUACCAAGACAAGUUUUUGGUGUGGCUCUUUGCUCUGGUUUUAAACUGCCACUUUCCUACAGCGACAUCCAAGCUAACAGCAACCCCGGCUGCAGCCAUUGUACACACCUACAAACCCCACCUGGACCACAUGGUCCAGUUCUAGUAAAACUGGCACUAUGCUUAAGCUACAUCAGAGAUAAUCAAUGCAGUAGAGGCAGCCAUUACAGUCGGCUUUGAGUACAACUAAACCCCGCCCAUAGUGCAGCUCGGCUCUGUACAGCUCUGAAAGUGGCGUCACUCACUCAGUCAGUCACAUACAGACUUGUGUAGGGCUGACCUCUGCGGCCGCCCAACUAUAUGCAAACAACAUGCUUCACUCUGACACGACCUUGAUAAAAUAUGACACAUUUGUCGUUGGCCCAAAUUUGAGAUAAUACUUGUCCAUCCCCAUUCUAGCUGCGCCCACAGCCUCCAAGCGCACCAUGGUGAUAUCACAGCAGUUCGUCAUCAUUCAGGGACACCUCACAGAUAUGUCUGAGUAGCAACAGCUGCACCAAAUUGUGUAAUACCUGCAGGAUUACCUAUAGAAGAAGAAGAAACUUUGAAGUCGAGACAAUGGCUAACCAAAUUGUGCUUCUUUUUCUUCUAGUUGAAAACAAUGCUAUUUAAGGUUGUCUCAAAACGCCACAUCAUCAGUUCUAGAAAAACCCUCAAAUGGAGCUUGGUUGUGGACGAAAAGGCAAAUCCCAUGCAGCGCACCAAACCAAGUCAAACCAAGCCAAGCUUUUAAAUGUAAUGUAAAAUGAUCCGGAUAACAAGAAAGAGUUGGAAUUCCCAUCACUACUGAACGAGUGGCGUUGGGAUGGACUGUGACAAAUGAUUAUCUGAAAGGCCUUCCUGCUGCUUUCAUGGUGGCUAAAGAUGCUGUUGGACAGUUUACAGAGGAAAACAUGACACAAAGUUGAGGAUUCUGCUCGUGGCUCAGCACUCCAUGUGCGAGUCAGUGCAGCUGAAUGACAAAAAUAUCAAAAAAAUGCCAGAAAUUCAUUUGACUGGUCAGGAGCAGCUGGUCAGGCCAUGGUCGGUCAUCCUGUCCCCCUGUACAGAGCACAACAAACAAUGCAAAAUUGGUCUGAAAGUAGGCGCAACUUCCAUGUAUGUCAUGCAACUCAAAAUUAGUGUCUGAACUGCCUGAAAAUUGCAUAAUGUAUGUCCUGCUUUACCCACAAAUUGCACAUACUCCGUGUCCACGGUGUAAGGUGCAUGCAAUGGUUUGCUCCUACUGAUGGUGCGCACCCUCGCCUACUCGAUGUGUCUCUGAAGCAAUGCCAACAGUCUAGACUUCAGCAGAUCCCAAGAUCAAGGAAGAACGAUGGUGAUUGCAAAUCACCAAAAACAACAUGAGAACAGUACAAAAUUAACUUGUCUUUCUGAGGUUAGUUUGUUGUUUGUUCAUUGAGUACUAUUUGCGAUUUUUGUGCUUCUACCUUUGGUGAGUUCAUUAGAGAAUUAAAUGGUUUGUUUUCUAGAAAUGAUGUGCAGCGUUUUAUAAAAUCCUGUUUUUUCCGACCUCAAAAAUUUACUUUUUCAUCAAUGGCGUCACUGUCAUACCUUCGUGACUCUCUGACCGGCUGAUGACCCGUGGCUUUUGCCACAUGACGGGAUGUAAUGUUGAAAAAGUAAUGAGAUUUGCCACAGGGAGUCCAGGCAUCAGGUGAUGCAUUUUGAAGUUGACUGGAUGCUUUGUACGGGUGGGUUAACCUGUCAGAUGAAGAAGGGGAAAGUGAGUGCCAUGCAAUGUGAAUUAAAAUUUAAAAUGAAUCUUAUUCUUUAUCAUUCACAGCUGUGAAACAUCUCCCUUAGGAUAUAAAAGUAGAAGGAACAGAAGUGUUCUAAUUAAAUCAUCAUAUCCACUAAUGUCUUUAUAUAUAUUUAUAUGGAUAUUUAUUAUUUUCAUUUACUUAUUGUUGUAAUAUUUAACACUAUGGGGCUUGGCAUUAAUCCAUUGUAGUUAUACAAAUACACAUGAUAGUGACAGACACAUAUACGUACAUAUACCAUGAGAUAUAAGCAGACUCCCUUUGUGCUGCUUGAUGUGUUUCCGUCCCUUAGUAGCACACAAAGCAGUGGUCAGAACCUCAUGUGUGAGACAUUGCAGAGUGAUUUGAAUAUGAAUGAAAUGGUCAAAAUAUUUCAACAGGAUGUCGUCAUUUGUGCAUUAUCCAAACGGAGAAAGCGCCCGGAUAUGUGAUGCAUGAGGCGACACUUAUUUCCUCAGGCUGUUGUCAUCUCUCACUGUGUGAGUGUUUCAGUUCAGGUGACGCUGUGUGUUCGCUGUCAGUGAUGUGAACCAAAGAACCAAAGAUUUUCUCUUGAUUUGCCGUUACUCUUGGGUUUCCCGUUAGGUUCUCAACUCGCAGACGCAUUUUUCAAAUGUUAAUAUCAUGCUUGUAGCUCAUAGGAUUAAUCUGAAGUAGCAUGACGAUGAACAUGACGAUUUACGUUUCAGAUAGAAAGCAGGAUUCAGUUAAAUGACAGAUGCAUGUUUAUUUACUCAAUGUUGCUGUAACAUACUCAUUCCAUGUAAAAACUACCACUGGAUGUUUUGAGCAGAAAUGCAGCAUAAAUUCUUAAUAUGAAUUUUUUCAUCUACUCAUCUUUCAAUCUAUUUUGUCAAAGCUUACAAACUUUUAGAUUGCUCUCAUUGCCUGAUGAUAUAGAAAUGUUUGAUUCUGUUCUCUCUGCAUGGUAAUCAAGUGUAACUUUUGUUUCUUCUGCUUUGCCUGAUUUUGUUUUGGUUGAAUAUGAUGGAGGAGAAUCAUGAUGACACUUUCAGCUGAGGCUGUUGAAAGGAUGUAAUGUGUUUUUUUGAUGACUACAUUUUGAUUUUAGGUGAAGGAUGUCCAAUCUUCUCUUCUCAUGUUUUAAUUUGAAGCCUACCCUUUGACAGGAUGAGUGAUUGUGCUGCGUGGUGACCUCUUGAAAAAGGUUGAUGUGAUAUAACACAGACUGUCAGGUUUUAUACUUUAUAGCACCGUGGCCGUAGUUUUGAUAGUUAUCUUCUCAGUGAACAGUACAAGAAGUGAAAGCCAGAAUGGAGCCAAAGAACAACUAAAGUAAACACUAAAGCUUCCUGAUGGUGGAUGCAGUGAUGGGUUUUGCAGCCCGUAAUGAUCCAAGACUCAAGAGCAUCAACUCUCCUAUGGCUCCAUGAUCACAAUGAAUUUUCAGUGCUGCUGCUGUGAACGGACACCUUUUUAUGAUGGUUACUAAUACCCUACAGAAGUGAGAAUAUAUUGCAGUAACAAAGGAACACUAACGGCAACACUGGCAGGACAUAGAGCAACUUUUCAGCAACACUAGGUAACUGAAAAAUGGCUUCAGUUGGACUGCCCUGUCUUUCCUGUUGUUGGACGUGUCUAAU